UUGUUAUACUUCCUAAUCAAAAUUCAUCAAUUCUUAAUAUCACACAGUCGUUUAUAAGUUCAAAUAUUAACUAAACGAAAAUUCCGAAUUGAAAGUAGUUGAAAAUAAGCAAAAGUGAAGUGAUGGUCCAAGUGUGAGAGAAGAGUUCGUGGUGUAUGUUUCCCCGCCCAUCAUGAUCGAAAUCAUUAACAAGAUAAUUGGCAAUCAAAUUUGCCCACUCUACCACAGUAGCUCUUCAACCUUCCACAAAAUGGAUGCAGCGCUAUGGUCGGCAUCAAUUAGAAUGGCGCCAUGUCCGUAACGCGUACUACGCAAAGUAACACAGACUACUAUUUAUACCUUCGAUGAGUAGCCGGUUCCAAUCAUAUUCAUCUAUAGAUUGCAAUUCAGGACAUUGGUUCGCAAAUACAAUUGCGACUUAUGCUUCACCCCGAUGAUAAUGGCUGACUCUUUCGUGCAGUCUGCAAAGGCCCGCAACAAUGAAUUCACUACACACCAAAAUGACAUACCACUGAUCGCUCAGUUUGCAGCAAAAACAGUUGGUGAUUUCGUUGGAGCAGCUGAAAUGGUCGCACCGUAUGUUGGUGGGGUGGAUCUAAAUUGUGGAUGCCCGCAGCGGUGGGCUAUAAAAGAUGGCUACGGUGUGGACUUGUUAACUAAACCUCAACUAGUUAAAGACUUAGUACUACAAGUUCGAAAUCGAAUACCUCAUCCUUUUACAGUGUCCGUCAAAAUUAGGUUACUCAAAGAAAUUCAUAAGACUGUAGAGUUUUGUCAGACAUUAGAGAAAGCAGGUUUAUCUUUCAUCACCGUUCAUGCGAGAACACCACAAAUGCGUAACGAAUCAAUUGAUCUAGAGGGGUUGAAACUUGUCAGAGACUCUAUCCAGCUACCUUUGAUUGCUAAUGGAGAUGUUAAAAGUUUACGAGAUGCAAAAUAUAUGUAUGAAAAUGUCCAAUGUCAAGGUGUCAUGUCUGCAAAUGGAAUUUUGACUAAUCCAGCUCUCUAUUCUGGGUUUUCAGAAACGCCAUUAGCUUGCAUUCAAGAUUGGUUAGACAUUACUUCAAGCAUUCCAACGCAUUUUAUAUGCAUGCAUCACCAUUUGGUAUUCAUGCUUGAGAAGAUUCUUCCCAAAAAAGAAAGAUGCUAUUUUAAUAAUUUGCAAACCAAAGAGUCCGUUUUCGAGUUUAUAGAUAAUUAUUAUGGCAUGAAACCAAAGACUAGUAUUGAGAGUAGCGAACUAAUUGAAUGUCAAUAUAAUACUAGACCAGGUAAAUAUUUCAAAGAAGUUUUGAGUAAUUGUGAUAACGAAAUUUCAGAAGAUUUUAUGGAGAAUAUAUUCUUAGAUAUAUAAUAUGCGUAAAGGCCGGAUCAAUACAGAUUAUAAGUACUUGUGGUACAUAUCUUGAUAUUUGAUUUUUGUACCGAAAUAUUCUUAAACCUGUUUUGAUUUCAAUAAAGAUUGUCGAGUUCA